AUGAUGACCAGCCGAUCCAAUGAAAUUUUACCUAUUGGUAUUCAAUCAUCAUUAUCACCAAAGCCUACAAAUAAAUCAACUACACGAAAUAAUCUAAGAUUAAAACGAAAUUUAAGAGACAAACGUCGCUCAACUGGAAUUCAUCCUGAUGAAGUUUCAGUAGCGGGUAUAUCAUUUGAGGACACUCCUAAUGAAGAUGAUGAAGACGAAGAACAAGGAUCAACAUGUAUAACUGAAACCAAUGAAUUAUUUGAUCAUAAUCGAACAAUGCCUUCUUCUAGUUGUUCUACACCGAUUUUUACAGUUCGUCGAAUUCAACCAUCAUUCGAAAAUUUAUCAAUUUCUGAACCAGAUUCUCAUAUAAGCACAUCAUCAUCAAAUAAUAAUCUCGGUUUAUCAACAAAAAUUUUUCGACCUGAAGAAUUUAUUGUACGUCGAGUAGAACAACAAACAUCAGAUGUUGAUUCAGUAACAUUAAAAUUUCGACAAUUUGAAGAACGUAUUCUUGCCCUUGAAUCACUUGUAUAUGAAAAAGAUACUAUUAUACAUGACUUACAACGUAAAAUUGAAAAAAUGACACGAGAUUUAACCGAUGCAGAAGAACAAAUUUAUAGAUUACAUCAAGAAAAAUUAACAUUGAUCAAAGCAUUUUCAGCAUUACAAGAUAAUAAACCUUUAUCAGGAGAUGUCUCAAUACGUUCAAAUCUAGUAACAAAAGAUUAA